CGAGGCAGACUGAAAGAGGAGACACCAGCCUUAGCUGAAGGCGACGCGGGUGCUCCUGUUGAUUCUCUUGGAGUUGCUAGUGCUGCCUUGAAUACACUAAAUCCGAUGGCGUUUGAGGACGCCGCGGCUGGUAAGGGUGGUGAUGUAGAUCUCGACCAUGAGGCAACAACGGCAGCAGCAGGUUCAAGCGAUGACGACAUAUACGCCAAGGCAACCGCCGGGGGGAUCGGCCCCACGGGCACCUUCCGAUGUGUCAGCUGCGCUGAUGAGAUGAACCCUUCCUGGCGGAAUAGCAUGGAGGACGCCCACGAGACAGUGGCGCACUUCGACGGCGACCCGUCCACGUCGUUCUUCGCCGUGUACGAUGGACAUGGAGGUCGGGGCACGGUUGAUUUCGUGUCGUCGCGGCUGGAGGAGAUCCUUGCCGAGGAGAUGAGAGCCGACAACACCAGCUCCAUCCAAGAAAGAAUCACGAGGGCGUACGGCCUGACGGAUUGCUUGUGUAAGGAGGCGUCCGUGCUGACGUCUGGGGCGACAGCCGUCACAUGCCUACUCAGGGAGCAAGACGGGAAGGUCACAAUACACGCGGCCAACAUCGGGGAUAGUCGAGCGGUGCUGGCCAGAGGUGGCAAGGCGGAGCGGUUAACCUACGACCACAAGGCGGAGGACGCGGCGGAGCAGGAGAGGGUCAACGCCGCGGGUGGCUUCGUGCUGAGGAAUCGCGUCCUGGGCAUCCUGGCGGUCUCCAGAAGCUUCGGGAACCAGGGGAUGAAGGAUCUCGUGACUGCUGUGCCCCACGUCUCCGAGACAAGCGUUUGUCCGGACUGCACGUUCCUGAUCCUGGCGUGCGAUGGGGUUUGGGACGUCUUCACGGACAACGACGCCGUUUCCUUCGUCACGCAGGCGAUGGAGAAUAUGGCCGAGGCGGACGUGGCAGGCGAGCUGCUACGUGAAUCCCUAGCAAGAGGAAGCACGGACAACAUCACCGUCGUGAUCGUCUUCUUCUGAAGCCUAAUCUGAAGCUUAAGCCUUUCGGUUGUCGUGGUUGUCGGGGCGGCCUGUUCUUUGGUACAACCAUCGAAUGAAAACCAGACGUCGAAGGAGGUUAGUUCUCUCCCUCAAUACUUUCUCUUCACCUUCUAGCCUACUAGAAGCGGCUUCGGCGAUAUUGCUUCCGUAUUAGGGAUCCGGCUGGGCAAGACAGUGAUCCAUCCAGUCAUGAGGGCAAUGAAACAGUAUUUUAAGGCCACACCAGGGCCGUACAAUUGUCCAUCUGGUACAAGGUAUCCGCAAUCGUUGUGUUUCAGAACGGUGGUGGUCUUUUUUAGGGUAGCGGGUGUUUUUGUGCGAAGCUGGCGUGCGGAGUUGAUGUUCAUUGUUAGUCCCGAAAUUGGCAGUUGGUUCCGUCUUUUAAUUUGCACGCCCAGUGUCCUUGGCGCAUAGCGGUUGAGCAAACCCGCGCUUGGUUGCGCUGCAGACACACCGCUCGGCGCUCGUGUAUCUUGUAGUAUAGAUUCGUACCUGACGCGACGUGAAUAGCAUCGUCCCGAAUAAACUCAGCUGUUUGUUUAAUAUAUUCUGUAUAUCAAGUCACCGCUGUUCCCGCGAGCUCUCUGUGGAACUCACGUAGGUUGCAACAUCCCGCCGCAUAAGCUCAGCUUUUAUAAUGUUCGGUACCAGAAAGAACAUCGUUGUAUACCGCGAGUACUUUAUGUGGCACUCAUGUAGGCCGCAAGUGUAGAGGUCACAGUCGAUUGCCGCAGAUGGCGAAUAUAUGCUGUUUGAACUAAGAUUUGGUAGUGUACUUUGGUGAAAGGUGGUUACGGUACAUCAUAUCGUACAUUGUAGCAUGUCUUGUAUGGGUUUUAAGGGAGGCAGGAACGCUUGGUUUUUGUCUGAACGAUCACGUUUGUAGUGCAUGCCGGGGUUAGGAUCUGCAGCGUUCUCGACAUAACCACAGUGCUAAAUUCACUAUGUUGUGUACCACACCAUUUUGGGAUUCCUUCCCAUUGUUGAUUUUUUUUUAUGCCUAAAAUAUCCACGAGUUCUGAAUGAACAGCGUCGAUUUGGGAGUACACCGAGAAGGGACUGUGGCACCCACUUCGCGUUAUUUGUUGAAAGGAAGGCACCGCAGGAGGAAAUGUGAACGAUUCCUCGCUUAUGGCCCCGGCUGGUGCAUAAAGCAUUUGCCGGGCACGAAAAGCCCUCGGAGAGGCUUGGCAACCGCCCGCGUGCGUUCUUACUUUUGGCAACCACAGAUUUUCGCUUCCCCUCCUGUGUGACCCUGGAUGGUUGUAGUUUUACGAAAAAUACGUUGAAAAGUGUGCCACUCUAAAUCACUGCGGCCGCAUUGUACUCCCAAUGAAUUUGUCUCUACGCUUGCCAGCGCCGUGAUGACUUACCUAUGUUCCAUGUAUUCGUAUGUUGUAUGUCCUUUACUUGGAAGGGGGAGAUUUGUUUUAUCUUUUGUAUUACGCACGCGAAAGUGGAGCGGAGGAAGAGUG